CAUCCAUCAAUGCCAAGUAUAAAGUCAACAAACGAUAUUAAAAACGCAAUACGUUCAAAGGUACAAGUGUCAAUGGCGACCUUCUACUCAAUCGCAUAUAAAAGCGCUGAAAUGCUACAGAGACAUUAGAAAGCAAGCAAUUGCAAGCGCGUACAAGAAAGUGCAUAAUUUGAUUAAAAAACUAAAAAAAAUAAGUGUUUUUAUAUAAGCAAAAAAUAAAUCCUUAAAAUGCAAACAACUUUUGUGAAAAUCAUCUCACUUUUGGCACUCAUCAUUACUCACACUCAAGCAGUGUCAUACAAGGAGUGCAAAAAUGCCGCUGAAGGCACAUUUGUGGCCAUCGAGAACGAUUGUCUAUCCUACAUUUACUGUUUGGGCGAUGAGUCCUUCACCGAUCUGUGUCCUGUCGGCACCUACUUUGAUGUAGAGCAACAACAAUGUGCUAUAGAUGAUGAUGGUUCCAAGUGCACAAGUUCGAAAGCGCAGCCCGCAGCAGAGGUGCAACAACAGAGCGUUUUACCAGCGCAAGCGCCUGGUGAGUAUACCGCCACUACGACAAUUGGCACGACAACAAGCGGCUUGUUGUUGCCAAGCACUUUGUCAACACACCCACAAUGCAAAGCCACGGUAGAUGCGUAUUUUCCAUACCAACAGCGCUGUGAGUACUACUAUCGUUGCAUGAGCGGCUAUUUGAGCAUUCAGCGCUGCAGCCUCGGUUACGGCUGGGAUUAUCUGCAGGAGAAGUGCAUGCCACUCAAAGAGGCGCAGUGUUUUAAGGCGGCGCGCGCGCAUGCGUUUAGGUUUUAAAUAAUUUUUUGUAAUUUUAAUUUUAAGUGUUUUGUUUUUGUGAAUAAACAUUGGAAAUGUGCA